AUGCAAGACGUGGCUAUUCAACAAGAUAAUGCUUCUAAUUCAACUACCCAGUCACAAUAUGAACACAGCCUAAAUAAAAAUAAAACAAUUUAUUCAACCGAGAAUUUUGAAGAGGUCAUAUCGCCUCAUUGUUAUUCUGAUAUUUCUGAAGAUGAUGACGAUAGUGUGAAAGAACCAAAUUACGAUAAUAAUUCUACAAGUUCUACAAGUCUUCGUCAAUACGUCUUCGUCUUCUAGUUUCUGGUUUCUGCUUUAAUGUACGGUGUUAGCAAGUUUAAAAUCAAAUGUAUUACCCACAAAUACUUAGUGGUUGGUCAUACCCAGAAUCAAAGUGAUUCUAUUCAUUCCACAAUUGAGAAGCAGGUUACUCGCUCCUUAAAGUCUGGUCCCAUCUUUGUUCCAGACCAAUUUAGUACUUUAAUACAAUUAGCCAAAAAGAAAGGAAACCCGUUAAAAGUAAAAGAGGUAACUCAUGAACAGUUUAUUAGCGUAAAACAACAUUCAGCAGACUUUGGUAACUUUACCAAAAGUUCCAAGGGAGAACAGACUCUACAAGUCGAUGUACGGGAGUUUAAACCAAGAAAAAUGACUCGGCAAUCAGGAACGGAACAUGUGCGACCAGAUAACGUAUUACCACCACUACAAAGAGCCUACUCGUCAAAAUUACCACUGAACGAAAACAAAAGAAAUUACCUUAAGUUUUAUACAGAGGGGAUAUAUUCCAAAGUAUUAUGA